AUGACAACUGAGGCUGCUGUUCGGAAAUUCUUUACCUCGUCUGCUUAUGCAGUGGCGGGCGCCAGUUCCAACCCGGCCAAAUUUGGACAUCGUGUCUUUGUUUGGUAUCUUCAGCAUGAUCUACCAGUCACCCCCAUAAACCCGGGCUCUCAGACGAUCAAUGCGCUCAACAAGGACCAUGCCACUGUUCCUAAUGUGACGGCUCUUCCAAACCCUACCGAGACGUCUCUCUCAGUUAUCACUCCGCCUGCAGCAACCCUCCAGGUGCUCCAAGAGGCCAAGGAGAAGGGAAUCCCAUCUAUCUGGCUCCAACCUGGCAGUUUUGACGAUGCUGUUCUCAAGUUUGCCAACUCUCCAGGAACCUUUGAAGCUGUGAUUGCUGGAGAUGGUGGACGAGGUCAUGAGGGAUGGUGUAUUCUGGUAGACGGCGAGCGAGGAAUGAAAGCAGCAGGAAAGUUAUAG